UUGAAUCGGAGCAAAAUUAAUCGAGUGUAGAAGUAGUCAUAUGGGUAAUAAAUAAAGACCCCAAUAACAACAAGGUGUUGCACAACUUCUAAUCUGUAUUAUUACAUAUUCAACUUGUUUUCUGAAUAAUGGGAACAACCCAGGAGGACAGUCAGUUGAAGAUUGAGCAGGCAUGCCAGGCCGGCCAGGAGUUUGCCAAACUCUACUAUGACACUAUUGACAAGAAGAGACAUUUACUUGCAAAGCUGUACCAGGACGGGGCAGAGGCGGGCUGGAACGGAAACGGGCUCAAAGGAAAAGAUGCCAUUAUAAAGUUCUAUGAGGAUCUGCCCAUAUCAGAACACAAACUUGAAACUCUCGACUCCCAGCCACUCGCGGAUGUUGUUUCCAGUGGCCAGCUCACUAUAAUUGUGAAGACAUUCGGGACUGUGAAAUUUCCAAACAACCCUCUUAAGUCAUUUCACCAGAGUUUUAUACUCACCUCCCAGAACAAUGUGUGGAAAAUCAUCAGUGACACUUUCCGCUUCCUCGAGAAAUCUGAUGUUUGAUGUAGGGUAAAGCCAUCACAAGAUAUUGUGGGGAACAUUGCAAUACCCGGGUUAUGUGGAAGGCACUGACCUCGCUUCUUGACAGCAGUGGCUUUGUACUUGUUACAUUUUAUAAGCUUUUAAAGCAGUAGACACAAGAAAAAGAAAAAAAAGGUUGAGAAAAAGAAUUGUGAGCAACAAAAAAAGGACUAUCUGUUUCUGUAUUUUUUAUUGCUUGCAUAAUGUUGUAGGUUGUGUCAUGUGCAAACAAUGUAUCACAAUACACAUUUGGAGCCCAAAGACAUAACAAUUACAUGUCUCUUAAAUAAUAUACCGGUAGUAUGCUAAUGCAAUAUAGGCAAAUACAGUAACAUAUGGAUUUCUACAUGUUUGAGCUACAAUUGAUAUGUGUAGAAAGGCAUGUGUACAAGUCUCAUGUACAGAUAUGCAAAAUAUAGUUUAAAGCUUGUGAAUCUACAAAAAUCAUUAUGCAACAGAUGUUCAUGUGAUGUUAAGUAUUUGUAUUAUAUGAAUAAAAUUGUCAUCUCAGUUUCUCUUAGAUGAAACAGAA